GAUGCGUUAUGGCUAUCUAUCACAAAGUAACGCCGAACUGGGUCAAAGCGUACCGAAAAGAACCUAUUACGAAGCUAUUACGGAACUGCAAAAAUUCGCUCGUAUUAAAGUGACUGGAGAAUUGGAUGAAGAUACAGCAAAGAUUAUUAGUAAGCCUAGAUGUGGUAGAAAGGAUGUUCGUAAAAGAACAAGGCAUAGACGAUACGACGUUGUCGGUAAAGUUGGUCGAUGGAGAAAGAAAGUUAUAACUUACAGACUAGUCCAUCACACGCAAGACAUCUCUCUAGACGCUCAACUAAACAUUAUAAGAAACGCCUUUGCCGUUUGGCAGAACAUCUCCAAUUUGAUGUUUAAGGAGAAUACAAUAGAAUGGGCAGAUAUUGUUAUAAAAUUCGUAGCCGGUCAACAUAGCCAAUGCAUCCCUUUUUCGGAAUCUGAUUUGGCCCAUGCUUUUUAUCCUGGUUCAGUAAAGGGGGGCGAAAUUCACUUCGACGACGAUCGCAUUUGGGUAGGGAACGAUGAAAAAGGCGGUCUUAACUUAAAAUCGGUCCUCUUACACGAAAUUGGUCAUACAUUAGGUUUGGGACAUUCAAAUGACCCUGGAUCAAUUAUGUCAGCGUGGUAUACUGGUUUAGAAGUUCUUGGCGAAACUGAUAUCAAGGCCAUACAAUCUCUUUAUGGAAAACCUGGAGAUCCAUUCCCAAUAGAAGAGAAUGGUGGAGAUGAAGAAUCAUAUGGGAAAACAGUAACAGCAUCAACAAGAGUACCAUCAGACAAAGUAACAUGGCCAGUCGUGGAAAGUGGAACUACGGAACCCCCAGACCCUUGUCAAAAGGCAGUCGAUGCGGUCGGAUUAAUUCGAAAUGAAUUAUGGUUAUUUAUUGAAAACUGGUGCUGGCGUAUAGAUAGAAAUGGUGUCCGUCCUAAUUUUCCAAUGAAAAUUGAAAGGUUUUGGAGAUACAUACCAAAUAAUAUUGACGCCGUUCUUUCACCCGGUCAUGGUGAUAUUUAUUUCUUUAAGGGUCAUAAAUUCUGGAGAAUUAACUCUAAUUCCGAUAGAAGUGAUGGAGAACCUCUAACAAACCUAGCUUUUCCUUCUUUCGUUCGUAAAAUAGACGCCGCCUUUAUUUGGUCAUAUAACGAGAAAGCAUACUUUUUUACUGGCAAUACGUAUUGGAGAUUUGACGCUUCUACAGAUGAUUUAAAACUUGACGAACAUUAUCCCAGACUUAUAAAAGACGUUUGGCAAGACGUUCCUACGAAUUUAGACGCCGUUUAUACAGAUUUAUAUGGAAAAACUCAUUUUGUUAAAGAUUUUCACGACUAUCUUUUCCGUGAUCCUUUUAUGAGAGUUAAAAGGAAUGGAACGAGAGUCUUUGGUUCAAAUUGGUUUCAGUGUAGAAAAAGGAUUCUUUUAAGAAGCGAUUUUUUCAAUAUUCCUGGAAAUAACGCUACAUUGAACGAAAUGCAUUUUUUUACUUUUCUUUCUAUCUUUUUAUACCAGUUUUUUUUACUUUUUUAA